CAGAGUCAAAUGUCUAUACACAAAGUCAAAAUACAAGCAGUAUUAGGAGUGCGUAUAUCUCAGUAGCUAGUUAGAUACGCCUAGACGUUGUGCAAUACACUAUGCUGUCUCUACGUUCGUUUUCCCGCUUGGCUUCCGCCAAGACGGCCACACCAGCAGUAUCAGCCCUGCGUCACUACGCUGGAGCUGCCCCGUCCACCUCCGAGGUAUCUCAGAUCCUAGAGGAGCGUCUAUUGAAGUCCAAGGGUGGUAUUGACGUAGAACAGACCGGACGUGUACUAUCCAUCGGAGAUGGUAUUGCACGUGUACACGGUCUGCAACAAUGCCAGUGCGAGGAGAUGGUGGAGUUCCAGCCCUCAGGAGUUAAGGGUAUGGCUCUGAACUUGGAGUCCGACAACGUAGGUUGUGUAAUCUUCGGUAACGAUACCGAGAUCAAAGAGGGUGACAUUGUCAAGCUUACUGGAGAGAUUGUCGAUGUGCCCGUAGGCAUGGAGCUUCUAGGCCGUGUUGUAGAUGGUCUUGGUAACCCCAUCGAUGGUGAGGGACCCCUUAACACCACUGAGCGUCGUCGUGUCAACAUGAAGGCCCCAGGUAUCAUUCCCCGUCAGUCCGUACACGAGCCCGUGCAGACCGGACUUAAGUGUGUUGAUUCUCUGGUGCCCGUAGGCCGAGGUCAGCGUGAGUUGAUUAUUGGUGAUCGUCAGAUCGGUAAGACCGCUGUUGCCUUGGAUACCAUCAUCAACCAGAAGCGAUUCAACGACGGCUCAGAUGAGAGCAAGAAGUUGUACUGUAUCUACGUUGCUGUUGGACAGAAGCGUUCCACAGUUGCCCAGGUUAUGACCACUCUAAAGCGUAACGACGCCAUGAAGUACUGUACCAUUGUGGCUGCCACCGCCUCAGAUUCCGCCCCUCUGCAGUACCUUGCACCCUAUUCCGGUUGCGCCAUCGGAGAGUACUUCCGAGACAACGCCAAGCACGGACUCAUCAUUUACGAUGAUUUGUCCAAGCAGGCUGUAGCCUACCGUCAGAUGUCUCUGCUUCUGCGUCGUCCCCCUGGACGUGAGGCCUACCCCGGAGAUGUCUUCUAUCUGCACUCCCGACUACUGGAGCGUGCAUCCAAGAUGUCCGAUGCCCACGGUGCCGGUUCGCUAACCGCCCUGCCCAUUAUUGAGACCCAGGCCGGAGAUGUAUCUGCUUAUAUCCCCACCAAUGUGAUUUCCAUUACCGAUGGACAGAUCUUCUUGGAAGCUGAGUUGUUCUACCGUGGUGUGCGUCCCGCUAUCAACGUUGGUCUUUCCGUGUCCCGUGUCGGUUCCGCUGCCCAGCCCAAGGCCAUGAAGCAGGUGUCUGGUUCCAUGAAGCUGGAGCUUGCCCAAUACCGUGAGGUUGCUGCCUUCGCCCAGUUCGGUUCAGAUCUUGAUGCGUCCACCCAGCAACAGCUGCGCCGUGGUGUGCGUCUAACUGAGCUGCUUAAGCAGAACCAGUUCUCCCCCAUGCCCGUGUCUGAGAUGACCACUGUCAUCUACGCUGGAACUCAAGGUUACCUUGACAAGAUCGACGAGAACCGAAUUGGUGAGUUCGAGACCAAGUUCCUUAAACACAUGCAUGCCAACGGAGCUGAUCUACUCUCCACCAUCGACAAGGAGCUUGCCCUGAGUGGUGAAUCCGAGGCGAGCCUUAAGACCCACCUUAAAGAGUUCCUUGGAACCUUUUAAAACUGUUGUUAUGUGAUGAUAAAUCCAGCUGGCUUGCACUCGUUCCUUUUACUGUGAUGAUGGGAUUAUCUUAGACAUCCCACUUCAGGGUGCCGGUUGUGUGGACAUGUGUCUGCAGACGGGACCUUGUGUGCGUGGGGGUUGCGUAACUAUCAUGCAGUGGGGAUUGGGUGUAGGGUGCUAGACAGAGGUAUCAUGCAGGAGCUCAUAGGACUCCAGAGAGUGACAUUACCGAAAGCAUUAAAAUUUCUAGUAAAAAUGAUACGCAUUUCCUGCGUGUUCUCGGCCUGUCGACAUGUUUCUGAGUACAACUGAGGGCCUGGUUGCUGGUG